GCGGACUCUUUGCUCUCUGAACCCCCCAUUUCUCUUGAGACUGAGUCUGGUGAUGAUGAUUUUACUCACAUUGUUUACUAAUUUGGAAAAUAAUGUAUCCCGAUCUCGAUAUAUUGAAGAAAACGAUAGGUGCUGGUCGAUUACGCGAGGAAAUACCAACAAGGACUUCCUUGACAUUCGGAACUCUUUCGGAAUUUCCAAAUUGUCAUUUAUAGUGGCAGCCAUGUUUUAGCUCUUUAGAAAGAUCAGUUUUGAUAUGUCAGACCAAAAUGACAACGUUUACUAUAUUCUUCUUGCCGAUAAAAUAGGAAAGAAGAAAGAGAGAGGAAUUUUACGAACGACUUCCUCCAAAGUAGACGUUUUACCCGGAACUCUCCUCCUCUUGGUGGAGGAACGAAAUGAUAAACAGAGGAACACCCUCUGGUGGACACUAGAGACUCUAGAACCAGAGAAUAUUGAAAUUGAAUGUCAACCUCCGGACACUGGCCAGCUGAGUAAGACCGAAUUUGCUCUGCUUCAGCCCAUUCCAGUCUGUCAAGAACGCCUGUCCAUUUUCCAGGACCAAGAAUGGCUCAAGGAGGGUGCCCAUCUUCAACUGAAUGACCCUGUCACUGUAGCCGUCAAGGGGCAGCCAUACCUAAAGGGGCUCAUCAAGUACAAAGGGGAGCUGCCAGGCGUCAAAGGGAUUCAGUUUGGAAUAGAGUUAUUAGGGGAGAGCAAAGGCAAGGGCACCUGUGAUGGGGUAUUCCGAAAAAAGCGAUUCUUCACCUGUGAGCAGAACAGUGCAAUUUUUGCCGCCAUUCACAAAGUGCGGAAGGAUCAGGACUCUGUGUAUCGCCGUCAGUAUCCGGACCGUUCCAUUCCGAUCCACGAUGACUUGCCCUUGUAUCGGGAGGAGAGAGAAGUAAUAGAGAACUCAAACCUGAAGGAAAAAGACCGAAUUGUCUGGAUCAGUGACAACGGGCCGGAGUUUGGGGAGGUGAAAUGGGUGGGGAUUCUCCCGGACAGCAAUCGAAGAGACGUCACAGUGGGAGUGGAAUUCGAUAACCCAGUUGGAUCAGGUACAGGGAAGUACAAAAAUCACAGACUAUUUUAUGCUAAAGCUCAGCAUGCAUCUUUAGUACCCAUCAUGGGUUUAAUGAAAGCAGAUGAGUACAUGCAGAUGAAUCAGGGAGCAGUAGCCUCAAGUCCUUACUACCAGCAAGACUACGAUUUCAUACAUGACCCAGAACAAAUAAAUUCUCCAAGACUCCCACAGUCACGUGGUGCCCCAAACAGUUCAUCGAGUUUCAAUCCAGUGAAAAGAGAGAUUUUGUCACAGCCUGUUCAGAGCUCAGACAGGGGGAGUUACUCCAGCAGUAAUACUUACCAGCAGGUGCUCUCUAAGGAACAGCUUCAGGUUCACCUACCUCCUGCACCCAACAAAGAGAAGUUGCCUCCCUCCCCGCAGGAGUUGAUUCCUCCCAUCCGACAGAUGAAGGAGGAGAGAUCCAGCGAGAUGGGGGGCCCCAACCCUCUGUACGAAUACACUCGGGCACAAGAUCAACAAAUUGAAAUAAAGAUGGAACCCUUUGAACAACCAAAUAGCAGACGCAGUAACCCGAGCUCUCGUUCUACAGUUCCUGCCGACCCCGACCUUGAAGUGGGGUCAAUGGUAGAGGUCAUGUCAAACCCGCCACUUUAUGGGGUCAUUCGAUGGAUGGGGUACUUGCCAGACCAGAAAGAACCAGUCAAACCCAUAGCAGGACUAGAAAUGGAAGAGGAAAUAUCAGCUGGUACAGAUGGCAGUUUUGGAAAGCAUAGGUUCUUCUCAUGCCCGCCGAAAAAAGCUUUUUUCGUACCUCUAUAUAAAUGUCGUAAAGACAAGCGUUUUGUGGACAGUGCUCGCCGUAACAGUGGGGUCUCGAAUAACUUUGGGAGCAUGGAGACACCGGAUGUGAUGGGAAACAUUUCUCCACCAGAUUCUUUGAAUAUGAAACAAAUAGAACAGGAAGUGUGUGGUAAACAGAAAGGCAUUCAGGGUCAUCAUAACUCUUGUUAUCUGGAUGCGACACUGCUAGCUAUGUUUUAUUUUACUACUGUGUUUGAUGGAAUUUUAUACAGACCUAAACGCAUUGAUGACUUAUACGAGUAUGAUGAAGUGAAACAAGUGAUAAAAGAGGGCAUUGUUAAUCCACUACGAAGACAUAAUUAUGUUCGUGCUGACAAAGUCAUGAAAUUGCGCCACCUACUGGACAAACUAGGCAACAUUCCUGGAAUGAUGAGUGAAGAGAAAGAUCCGGAAGAAUUUUUGAAUUUACUUCUAAACCAAAUCACAAAAGCGGAUCCAUUUCUGCACAUACGAUCAGACAAUGGGGCCGGCAGCCAGCAUUCGUUUCUCUAUCAGCUGAUUAUGGAAAAGGAUGAACGACUCGUCCUUCCGACCACACAACAAUUAUUUGAACUGUCUUUCCUGCAGAUGAAGGUUAAACUAGAGGAGAGACCACCGUGUUUAAUUCUGCAGAUGCCAAGAUUUGGUAAAGAUUACAAAAUGUACCGUCGCAUUGUUCCCAGUCUAGAGUUGGACAUCACCGAUGUCUUACAGAACGCUCCUAGAGAGUGUAUCAUAUGUGGGGAUUUGGCGGCAUUUGAAUGCAAAGAAUGCUACAACCAGCAUGGAGCCGGGCUAAACACCAUCGCCUUCUGUGAAGGCUGCAAAGAUAUGAGUCACAAGCAUAAAGUGCGAAUAAAUCACAACUGGGAGUCCAUCGCCGUGCCCCAGGACUACCGAGUCAUACACAACGAACAGAAACAGAUUCAGAAACAGAAUCCUACCAUUCCUCGGGAGAAAAUGGAGCUGUUUGCUGUCGUCUGCAUCCAGACCAGCCAUUAUGUGUCUUUCGUUAAGUGUGGAAAGGGCAAGGAUGCCCAAUGGAUCUUCUUUGAUUCAAUGGCUGACAGAAUGGGUGAACAGAGUGGGUACAAUAUCCCCGAGGUCAAACUAUGUCCUGACUUAUCAAAAUGGUUGUCCGACGAUUAUCAGGAGGAGAUUAUGCGUAGAAGCGAAGACAAGGAGCUGCCGGAGCAUAUUCGUCGUUUGCUGUGUGAUGCUUACAUGUGCAUGUACCAAAGUCCAGAAGUUUCUAUGGUCCGAUGAAAGAUAAACACGUCUAGUAUAAAACAGGUGUUCUGCUGCAUUCAUAAGUUUCCCUUGUGUUCAACAUUAUGCAGAGGAAAUGAUUCUAUAAUGCAUCACCUAAAUACUGUGUGAAGGCUGUAACUCUUAUUUAUUGGCAUGCAUUUUUCUAGCUAGCAACUUGUGUGAACAAACUCAAUCUGCACCAAUUAUUUAUUGCUAGAAUGUGUGCUUGAACAGGAAAACUGUGUGUUCAUAUUUUGGAGAAAAACUUCAUCAAGUUGAUCAUUAGUUCCCACAUACUGUAUUCCAUGUGAUCUACCAAACCGCUGAAGACCUUUAAACAUCAAUCCAAUCUUUUUGUGGAAACACGUUUUAGUUUAGUUUUCCGUCCACCUAAUGUUUGUUUCAGAUCAAUCUUGGUAUUCUGAAUUUAUUUUCUGUGGGUUAUGUGAGUUGUUGGAUUUCCUUUGAAAAUUAAUGUACAUGUAUGAAUAAAAUAAGAAAUCUAAUCCUAAAA